AUGAUGUUCGCCACGUUGGAUAAGAUCAAGGAUCCUAAGACAGGGGAGUGGAGGGAAAGAGAUAAGGCAGAAACCGAGGAGCUUGCAUUCCGCCACAAAUCCCUGAUGCAAUCAGGGCACCUGGAGGCUACCCCUUACGUCAUCGAUCCAAACAAGAUCCUGUGGACAGUACAGGAUGGCUCCAAAGGGUAUGAAGUGAAGAAGUUCCUGAUGGAGCAACCCGAGGUGGAGGAGUUCGAGUGGGACCAAAAGAAGACCACCAAGGCAUCGUGGAACUUCGGAACAAGGAGAAGCCCUCCGAGCUCUGAAGCCGGGCCAUUACAAGAGGAUGCCAUAUUCUUUACAACACAUGCGUCGAUGAUUCUUGCAUAGUUUACUCGAAGAGCGAAUCAAUCACAAGCACAUUGUUUGAU